CCCAACUUGCAGUAUUGUAAUUUCUGUCAGAGUUUAGAUUGAAUAUCACAGUAUAAUGUACAAUUAUAAUACAAGUGAUCAAGUGUUGGACAACGUGUGAUCCGGUCUAAAGUGUUUCUGUAAAUUCACAAUACUGUUUUGGCUUUGACUAAUACAACAACUUCUGUAUCCAAUAGUCAAUGGUUUUGGUAAAGUGUUUUUCAAAUAAGCUUUUUGAAUGUAUAUACUGUGCCUUAAGUAUUCAAUUUUUAAAUAACAAACAUAUUAGAAAAAUAUAAUGCUUGUUUAAUUUGUGUGAGAUUAUGAUGAUUGAAUUAGGAGUGCCUGACCUGGUUGCAUCAAUUGUAAUAGCUGUUUGUGUGUAUUAUUACAUGACAGCGACCUAUAGGUUUUGGAAAGAUAGAGGAGUUCCCUUCGCUAAACCAGAAUUUUUCUUCGGAAACAUAAGAAAACCUAUACUAAGACAGUUAAGCGCAGUAGAUAAUCACAAGUGUAUUUACAAUCAGUUCAGAAAAGAAAGGUUUGUUGGAUAUUUUGUAUUCAGAAGGCCUAUACUAAUGAUCAGAGACCCAGUUUUGAUUGAGAAGAUUCUUGUGAAGGAUUUUAACCAUUUUAUCGAUCGGGGAAUGCCUGCUGAUCCAGAUUCUGAACCUCUAGCAAUCAAUUUGUUCUUAGCCAAAGGACAGAAGUGGCGAAAACUGAGGUAUAAGUUAACCCCGACAUUCACUUCUGGCAAACUCAAGAGCAUGUUUGAACAGAUCAGCAACUGCGGAGAAGAUUUGGUGAGAAUUUUGGAAACACACGCGCUGAGUAAGAAUGACGUUGAGGCUAAACAAAUUGUUUCGCUUUUCACCACGGAUGUUAUCGCCAGCUGCGCUUUUGGUCUUCAGCUCAAGGCGGACAGUCCAGAAGGUGAUGAGUUUAGAAAGAUGGCCAGCCAAGUGUUCACUCCAUCAUUGAAACAAGUCAUCAAACUCAAUUUCAUGUUUCUUCUUCCUAAAUUUGCCAAGUUUCUUGGCAUCACUGCAUUAGGGAAGGACAUGAACAACUUUUUUCUGAAUCUUUCGAAAGCUACGAUAGAGUAUCGCGAAAAGAAUGGUGUGAAAAGGAAUGACUUUGUUCAACUUUUGAUCAAUUUGAGACAGCAAGAGGAAAAUCAAUGUCCUGAAAAUAGUCAAGAAGGGGAUAGUGACUCGUUAAUAGACCAGCUUCAGUAUACAACAGCAGAGAAAAUUAAAUUCAGUAAUGAGAAAUUGUUCACGGAUGAGUGUAUAGCAGCUCAGUCAUUUGUGUUUCUGGUCGCUGCAUCCGACACAACAGCUGGAGCUCUCAGCUUUAUACUCUAUGCAAUUGCUGAACAUCACGACAUACAGAAACAAGCGCAAGGUGAAGUUGACAAAGUCAUCUCGGCCAAGGGUUGGAGCUAUGAGGCGAUGAGGGAUUUGACGUACUUGGACCAAGUUAUCCAAGAGGGUAUGCGGAUGUACCCAAUCGCAGCCUUCAUCAACAGAGAUUGUACAGAACAUUACCAACUACCAGAUACUAACGUGAUACUUGAGGAGGGACAAAGAGUCUUGAUCCCGGUUCCGGCUAUACAUAUGGACCCGGAACAUUAUCCGGAACCUACUGUCUUUAAACCCGAGAGAUUCCUGGGCAACAACUACCAACCAUCUCCUACCUACCUGCCUUUUGGAGAUGGACCUCGUAUAUGCAUUGCAAUGAGAUUUGCCGUGUUGGAGAUGAAAAUCUGUUUGGCUCGGAUGUUGUCUUCUUUCUCCAUCAGCGUGAAUGCUAAGACUCAGCAGCCUAUUCAGUAUGAUCCUCGGUUUUUCAUUCCCAAUGCAUUGGGCGGAAUUUGGUUGGAUUUCAACAAAAGGCUUUUUAAAAUAAAUGAAUAAAAGAA